AUGUUCGAUGGUUUUGUACCUGGUUUUGUACCUGUUAAGCCAGAAUUGUCAUCGGCUCCAAUCUGGCUUGAGCUAAGGAAUGUUCCUCUGCAAUUCUUCAAUGAAGAUGGUCUGGAGCAUAUUGCGGGGCUAGUAGGAGAUCCUAAAUGUCUUCAUCCUUUGACAGCAAGUAAGGCGAACCUCGAGGUUGCGAAAGUUUUUACCAUCAUUGAUCCUCGUAAGCCGCUGCCUGAGGCGGUCAAUGUCAAGUUCCAAUCUGGGGAGAUUAAGAGAGUUCUGGUCUCUAGCCCUUGGAUGCCACCCGUGUGUGGGCAUUGCAAGGAAAUUGGUCACAGUGUGAAACAUUGCAAGUUGGCUCCGGUCUCAUGUACGGGUUGUAAUUCUACUGCUCACUCCCUGCAGAAGUGUCCUAGAGCGAAGAAAAAGAAACAGAUGGUUUAUCGUGUUAAGCCAGUGCAAGAGGCUGUUCCUGUUUUUCAACCAGCGGUAUCCCCUCAGGUCAUCACUGCUCAGUUAGAAUCAGGAGUCUUGGCUAUUUCUGAGUCAAAGCUAACAGGUAAGAAGUUAGCUGGAGAGUCUAGCAAUUCAAAGGCUGCCUCCGCGUCUGCUUCUGCGUGCUCUUCUGAAGCUGAGCCAGAUUCUUCAGACACGCUUUCUAGCGACAAUGGUGGGUACCAAGAGGACGAUCACAGAAGUGGUGUCGAAAAAGCAUCGCAGAGGUGA